GAGGUGGACUACCGGUAGAGUAAAACAUCGACGGAGUCCCUCUACCGGGCACUCUCAGAAAACGACAGUAGUCUAGGUUAACCUGCGAGUAAAAAGCAAUGCAAAAGUGUGAAUUAGCCCGGAAAUUGAUGCUCUAGAAGGGAGCCGGAAUCACUCUCUUACUCUCUCUCUCUCUCCCCCUCUCUAACCCUUCGUUAUCUGAUUGUUUUUUUUGUUUUUUCUCUCUCUCCACUACUACGGGUACCCUAUCCUCUCCAACCCGACGACCUUCUUACCUCCCCAUUCCAUCUCUCCAGUCUCCACACUUCCCUUCUCACGCGUCGUCGUCAUCCCCCUCUCUCUUCUGCCUCCCUCCUUGUGCCCAAUUGACCCUCCUUCCAUCAUCCCUCCCUUCAACCGCUCCCCCGAUUAUCGCCAUUUCUCCCUUCUUCACUCCUCUUCCUCUUUGUUCCCUUCCAUUCCUUCUCUCCCUUUCCCUUAUCCCCCGCGUAAGCCAUCGCCAAGAAGUAGAAGAAGAAAGGAUAGACAGAGAAAAAAAGGUCCACGCUCGCUUUGAUUCCCCCGGCCCUCCUGCUGCUGCUACCCUUAAACUACUUCGUCCUCUCUUCCCCUCGUCAAUUCCGGCGCUUCUGACGCUCGUGUGCUUUUUGGAGUCUUCCGGUCCCGUUGAGCCUCCGGGACAUCCCCCAUACACCUCCCCUCCCCCACAACCUCCGCCAUCCAUUCGAGCUUACUCAACACAACCCCCUUCCUUCCGUACUCUCAGCCUCAUCCCUACCUCCGAUCCCCCCCCCUCCCCACCUCAGCUCGACGCAACCAGCCGCCCUCUACGGCCAUACCCACCCCGAAGCUUUCAAGAUUCCUUCCCUUCUCCUCCCCCGCACAACCCCUCCUGGCGCCAUGUCGGAUGCCUCUCACGGACGGAGACGUCGCUCGAGCUCGCUCAUAUACACCGAACCUCCAGAGACCAUCGAGCAGCAGUCUGAUCAGGCCGCUCUUCCGAAUCUGAAUGCGAGCUGGGUCAACAGUAAAGGUACGGCUAGUCGCGGCAACCAUCUGGGGAGAGGGAGAGAGGCUCGCGGGUAAUUGGUGGCUGACGGGCGAUUAUCGCAGGUGCUUGGACAAUACAUGUCGUCUUGAUCAUCGCUUUGAAGAUAUUCUACGAUACCAUGCCCGGAGUCUCACAGGAGACUAGCUGGACCUUGACCAAUAUAUCCUACAUGGCUGUGCGUACUUAUCCCCCCAGAUCCGCGCUUCCUACGCUGCUUCCGGGAGCUUGGAGGGUUAUAUUUCUACUCUACGGUGCUCUGUGCUGGAGCGGAGAUGCUGACGAGUGGAUCGGGGGUGUCGUAGGGUUCUUAUCUUAUGUUUCAUUGGGUUCAAGGCAUUCCUUUCGAAUUCAACGCGGGGGCAUACGAUAAUCUGAACAUGUGGGAACAAAUCGACAAUGGUGAUCAGUACACUCCGACGAAGAAGUUCCUAUUGACAGUACCCAUAGUGCUGUAGGUUUUUUUCUUUUCUUUUUCUCUUCUUUUCCUUCCUUCCUCUGUCCCGCUUCUUCAUUAUUCUUCACCCCUUUACCGGCUUCUCGGGAACUUCUAGCUUCCUAGGGCCUAUGUCCGAGCGCUGGAUGUCUCGGGACUAGCUCUGUCUUGUAAGGGGGCUGGGCUGACUUCUUGAGCCAUAGGUUUUUGAUGAGCACGCAUUACACACAUUACGACCUCACGUAUUUCAUUAUCAAUUGUUUGGCGGUACUGGCUGUUGUAAUCCCCAAACUACCUUCGGUGAGCCCCCCCUGUUGUUGUCAUCGGAUGUGGCACUUUUGCGUAUCCGAGAAUCGAUUCAUACUAUUGCCCCAUCGCAUGCAGGUUACACCUGGCCCCGGAGUUGCCUUACUAACUUUGUGUACAGAGCCACCGUAUGAGAGUGGGUCUUUUCACGGUUCCCGAAGAGUAGGGGUCGUCUUUAGUACGAACUAAAGGUUGGUUUGGGCUUGCGAUUCAAUUCGCUAAAAAAAAAAAUUAAAAAAUUAAAGAAAAAAAAUCCGGCGUUGAAUUGUUUUUUUUAUCACCUCACCUACUAAUCUCCUUGCGUUUUGUAUCCUCGCAUCUUUUUUUUCUCCUUUCCGUGUGGCACUCUCAUUUUCGGGUUGUCUUAGUAGGUUUUUGUCUUUUGUCUGGUUUUGCUCCAGGCACCGCUUUGGAGGUCAUCUCUAUACGAAUCUCAUCAGGGUUCUCUCCAGGUUUUUUUUUCUUUUUUUUCUUUUCUCCUUUCCUCCAGGGUUUUCGAUCUUUGUUCUCGGGCCACGCUCUUUUUUAUAGCUACUACUACAGCUUUUAUUUUUUGUCUUGGUCUCCACUUUUUUGAGUUUUGGUAUAGCGUUAUAUUCUUUUUUUCCUACUCUUUUUUCUUUCCUCUUGGAUUGGGGCAGACGGGAUGGGACACAAACGGAUGUACGAAAAUAAGAAGAAAGCAUUAAGGAUCACUCAUCAUCGUCAUUAUCUUGAAACUUUUUCCUUAUUCGAGAGCGCAUGUCAUACCCGCACAGCCGGAUGACAUUGGGAAGUGGUUUAUUCUUAUCUUUUACCUCUGUGCUUUUUUGCGUUCUUAUAUUUUUUUUAUUUGUUUCCCCGUAUGUAUGUACUUGUAUUAUAUAUAAAGGAUCACUCG